UGUGUCACAAACAGUGUUGUAUUUCCACAAGCACUGGUGUAACAAUACCCCUGGAUCCCUCCUUGUGACAAUUCAUCGUAAAACAAACGCGCACAGUCGUUUUGCGCCAUGACACUUGCUCACAUCAGUGUCAAGAAAAUUAAACGAAUAUUUUGAGUGACGUUAUGGUAAAUUUCGACGGUGUGGGUGAAUUCACGGGGUUUAUCAGUUUCAGUGGUUUACACUGUGUCGUGUCGAUUAAAAUGUGGAUUGGAGGGAUUCAGUGAAGCGCCAGUCGCUCGAGCUGAUAGUUCCUGGUUUUGAAUUGGAGAGUGGUGUUAAGAGUGCGUGAGGCGAGUGUCUCCAAUCGAAUAUACGACCCCGGGUGGCACUAGAAUGCACCGACUGUGAAAUACAAUCGGUGACAUCGAGUGACGGUCAUUGCGUGCGCGUAAAUCGAUCGAAUGGGUGCGUCCUAGUUUCUCUGUGAAAUACGAGUAUAACCGAGGAAUACCACUUCCAACACACUAAAACAGACAGUACACGUUCAAGUGCCGAUAGCGAUUUUUCCCUCUCCCCCUCCUCUCCCCACCCUCCUUUACCGGGUAACUCCCCUUUAGCCCCCCUUUUUCGGCAUUUCAUGUUUUCCUUGGUGUUUUUAUUUUGUUCAAGUCCCACGACGCGGUACUCAUCGAUCACUGUGACUCUUGCCAAACAUCGUGAUUAUUGAUCACUCGAUCUGCACGCCUUUCGUUGUGGUGUGGUGAUGAUUGUUUUUAUCACCCAAAUUUUUUACAGAGGUACUGUGAGACAUUCCGCGAAUAGGUUCAUCUAACAUGACUACUGGAAUGAGCAAGAGUAAACUCAAGACAGUGGGUAACAACCGAUACUAUGGAACUUAUCUCAUUUAUGACGUGGCAAACUCGUGUCUUGCGGCGUUACGCGCUAAAGUUCCAGCGACAAUGGCUGCACAGCGGACGGGUUCUUUGUCACCCGUACAUUUGCAAAAUCCGCAACACUAUCACAUAUUCGUUGGUGACUUGAGUCCAGAAAUCGAGACACAAACGCUGAGAGAAGCCUUCGCACCGUUCGGUGAAAUCUCUGACUGCAGAGUUGUCAGGGAUCCACAGACCUUGAAAUCCAAAGGAUAUGGCUUCGUCUCGUUCGUGAAAAAAGCGGAGGCGGAGAGUGCAAUAACGGCGAUGAAUGGUCAGUGGCUGGGAAGUAGAGCCAUCAGGACGAAUUGGGCGACUCGUAAACCACCGCCUCCAAAAUCGGAAGCAAAUGCCAAACCAUUGACAUUCGACGAGGUGUACAAUCAGAGCAGCCCGACAAACUGUACGGUCUACUGCGGUGGUCUGACAAACGGACUCACCGAGGAACUGAUGCAGAAAACCUUCUCACCCUUUGGUUCCAUCCAGGAGAUUCGAGUCUUCAAGGACAAGGGUUACGCCUUCGUGAGAUUUUCCACAAAAGAAUCGGCAACACACGCUAUCGUUGCGGUGCACAACACGGACAUCAAUGGUCAAACGGUCAAGUGUAGUUGGGGCAAGGAGAGCGGAGAUCCAAAUAAUGCACAGCAAACGGGACAACCACUGUCUUCAGCAGCCUAUCCUUAUUACGCUGCUGCAGCGGCGCAACUGGCCGCAGCCGCAGCUGGUGGUGUGGGUAGUGUUGGUGGUGUUGGUGGUGCUGGACAACUUUCCUACUGGUAUCCUCCACAAUCUUAUCCCACCACUGCUGCAACGCAAAUGCAAGCUGGUGGAUUUCUACAGGGAAUGCAGGGCUACACGUACGGACAAUUCGCCGGUUACCAACAGGCACAGUACAUGGGAAUGGGUAUGGGUGUUCAUGCGGCGGGUACAGCAGCAGGCUGGGGCCAGGGUUUACCUGGUGGACCUCAGUUACCACCUCACCAUGCAACGACAGUCACGGCGCCUCCCGGUGUACAAACUGCCCCACCACCCCCACCACCACCAGCGCAAAUGAUGGCCUAUCCUAUGCAACAAUUCCAGCUAGCGGAUGAGGACUGGCUGACGCCUAGCCUCCUAGUGUGAUGGUAAGCAAGCACCCCUCACCAACAGGAACAAACGUUAACGCCACAACCGUCGCCACCAACGAUACCCUAACUAGUAUCACGCGGAUUGGUACAAGCAAGUAUGUGACACCACGAGCCACCAGAGAACGCGACCGAGGAGGAGGUGGAGAUGGCGGAGGAGGAGGAACGCCAGGUGGAAGGUCCUGUGGAGAUACCUACAAUUAUCGAUCAACCAGACACCCGAGAUAAAAUGGAAUGAUAGAAUUAAUCAUAAGAGUUGCAAUAAAACAUGAGAAAAUCCAAUGGUCGGACGCGAAAACAAAAAAAUAACCAACCUCCUCCCUAUCCUUGCGUUCUCGAAUUCCACCGACGUAAUCAACCACAUGAAAAGACAUUUUUUUAUUAUUCAUCAAGCCGGUUUGUGCAGCGUUUGGGUUUUAGCGUCGUGUACGAUAACGAACAAAUGAUAUGUAUGUUGAACAAGAUACUCCUGCGUAAAUGUAUAUCGCUUUAACGUGAUACAUGCCAUUCUCCGCAUCUUCAUUCGUUUCCUCUGACAAACCGCGCCACAGAUACCGCUGUUUUUUUCAUUAUUUUCUUUUGUACCAUGCAUAAAUUUCAAUCUCCACCGGAGUUAUCCGUGAAUCGAGAAUAUUAUUGUCGAUUCCAGCGCUAUUCAUCGGGUUUGUAAUUGAUCCUAGCAGAAAUUCACAGAAAUGUCACUCUAUGCGGAAAGAAUAUGUCCAUCAAUGCAGAGAGAAAAACCCACCGUUUUCCGGGAUUUGCUCUUUGGGAAAUUUUUCUCUCUGUUGAUUUGUCAAAAAUGUAGUGUUUUUUGCAAUGCUUUCUACUUUCACCUCGAGUCCAUUCAAUCCAGUUGAAGUAACUCUACGAGAAUAAUUAUAUUGAAAAGUGAAAAGCCAUUCAUCAUCGCAACAUUUUAUUAAAAAUUAUUUUAAAAUUAAUUAAAACCAUGUGCCCCGCGUAGCACAUCACCUUUUUCAAAUUUAGGAUGACAUUUUUGUGUCUUUGAAUAUUUUUUUUUGAGUGUCGCGGAGCUAUUCAGAAGACAAAAAGGGUCCAUUGCCGGCUCGUUAGGAGAACGCCUAGUGCCAUGUCUGAUUUUCACCCCUAAUGAAAUAUAAUUAAAAUUUAUCACACUACCGUAACGAUUCUCACGAUUCGUCUCUCCCGACGGGUUCCCUCGUUUUUCCGCAAUUUUCUCGUCCUUAGAAAAUAUUCCGAGCGAAAGCGGAGCGCCGGCGAUUCUGUGCGAGAGAAUCCGUUAUUUUUUUAUAGCUAGUUUGUACAUCGAUGGGGCCCACUACAAAAAAAAA